ACGCGUUAGAUUAUAUACACAUUACACAGAGACAUAUUACAUAUAAUAUUAUAUGAGAAUUGGUGUUUACUAUGUCAUCUUAUCAUUUUCUGCUAAGCCUAAAAGUACUGUUGGUGGUGUGUUUAAUAAUUUUAAGGUGGACGAUUGCAGAGGAGGAGGAGCAAAAUUAUGGAAGAAAAUUAGUGGGUGUGAAAGUGGGGGUGGUGGUUGACUAUGAGAGCUUGGUUGGGAAGAUGGGAUUGAGAUGCAUUAAUAUGUCUCUUUCCCAUUUUUACUCUUCUCAUCCUAAUUACACAACAAGGCUCCAUAUUCAUGCUACGGACUCUAAAAAACACGUCAUUGGAGCUGCCGCUGCAGCCUUAGAUCUGAUUAAAAACAUGGGAGUAAAAGCCAUUAUUGGACCGGUAAAGUCAACACAUGCAAGCUUUGUGGUUGACCUUGGAGAAAAGGCUAAAGUUCCAAUAAUAUCAUACUCAUCAGCAACAUGCUCUUCUCUUGGCGUAAGGAGCUCAUAUUUUUUCCAAGUUACCCAAAACCAACAAAUAUCUCAAGCCAAAGCCAUAAGUUCGAUUGUUGAAGCUUAUGGAUGGAAACAAGUGGUUCCCAUAUACAUAAACAACGCAUAUGGAGAAGCCUUUAUUCCUUUCCUCAAUGAUGCCUUAGAAGAUAUAGAUCAUUGUUGUAUGCCUUAUAGGAGUAUCAUUUCUUCUUCGGCUUCCAAUGACCAGAUUCUCAAAGAGCUUUACAAGUUAAUGACUAUGCAAACUAGAGUCUUCGUUGUUCACACUGAUAUUUCUUUAGGCACUAGGAUCUUUGCUCAGGCCAAGGAGAUUGGAAUGAUGAGACAAGGCUAUGUUUGGAUCGUCACAAAUGUGAUGACUAACUAUCUUAGUUCGUUAAAAUCUCAUGUGAUUGAUUCAAUGCAAGGUGUGAUUGGUAUAAAGACUUAUGUUCCGGAGACAAACACACUUAAAGACUUUAGAGAUCGAUGGAAAAAGUCAUUAAGGACUACUAGUGCUUUUUAUUAUGACAAUGACUUAGUUGCUGAACUCAAUGUUUAUGGAUUAUGGGCUUAUGAUUCUGUUCAAGCGUUAGCCAUUGCUGUUGAAAAUGCUUAUUAUAAUAAUAGUAAUGAGAAGGAAACCUUUUCCUUAUUGAGAAAUAAGAAUGUAACUGUUACUACUUCUAGUUUCCAAAUUGGGGUCUCUGAAAUCGGUCCAAAACUUCACAAAGCACUAUUAGAAGUGAGAUUCAAGGGUUUAACAGGUGACUUCAGACUUGUAAAUGGGAAGUUACAAUACUCUAGUACUGCCAAUACAACUUUUGAGAUAACCAAUAUCGUUAAUAGAGAAGAAGUUAAAAGGAUUGGAUUUUGGAGACAUGAAUUUGGACUAACGAAAAAUUUGGAAACGAAUAAAAAAAGUGUUAAUAGAGGCGUUGAAUCGGUGGUAUGGCCUGGAAAAUCUAGUAUUAUUCCCAAGGGUUGGGAGGUUUCCACAAAUCGAAAAAAGUUGAGAAUAGGUGUACCUGUGAAAAAAGGUUUCCAAGAGUUUGUUGGUGUAAAAUAUGAUUCGGUGACUAACAACUCCAUUGUCACUGGCUUUUGCAUAGAUAUUUUUGAAGCGGUUAUGAAAGCAUUGCCCUAUAGCGUUGAUUAUGAUUUCAUUCCAUUUCAAAUCCAUGAUGGCAAGAGCUCUAGUACUUACGAUGAGUUGAUAGAUCAAGUCUUUUACAGGAGAUUCGAUGCUGUGGUUGGCGAUACAACUAUUAGAGCUAACAGGUCCUUGUACGUAGACUUCACAUUGCCAUACACAGAAUCUGGUGUCUCUUUCAUCGUGCCAAUUAGGGAUAGAAGAAGAAAAAGUGCAUGGGUUUUCUUGAAACCUCUAACAUUAGAUCUCUGGGUUACAAGUGCUUGCUUUUUCAUCUUCAUAGGUUUCGUGGUUUGGAUUCUUGAACACCGAAUUAAUGACGAUUUUCGGGGACCCCCAUCUCAUCAAAUUAGUAGAAGCUUUUUAUUUUCCUUAUCAACAAUAGUCUUUGCCCACAAAGAGAAAAUUGUAAACAACUUGGCAAGAUUCGUAGUAAUCAUAUGGCUUUUCGUGGUGUUAAUUCUUACUCAAAGUUACACAGCUAGUCUAACAUCACACCUUACAGUCCAACAACUCCAACCAACAGUUACUGGUGUAGACCAACUCAUCAAGAACAAUGAGACAGUUGGCUACAUUGAUGGCUCUUUUGUUCAUGGGAUUUUGAGAAAUCUUGGUUUUAGUGAGUCUCAACUCAAGAUUUACGAGUCUCCUGAAGAAUGUGACCAACUAUUUUCCAAGAAAAAGUCUGAUGGAGGUAUAGCAGCUGCUUUUGAUGAAUUCCCUUAUACAAAGUUACUUCUUGCCAAAUAUUGCUCCAAAUAUACUAUGGUUGAACCAAGCUUUAAAACCGGUGGAUUUGGCUUUGUCUUUCCAAAAGGGUCACCUCUGGUGUGUGACGUUUCAAGGGCAAUCCUAACCGUGACUGAAGAUAUGACAAUGAAGAACAUAGAAAAUAAAUGGUUUGGAAGCCAAACCAGUUGUCCUGACCCAAACACACAGAUCUCUUCCAACAGACUUGGGCUCGAAAGCUUUUGGGGCCUAUUUCUCAUAGUUACCAUUGCUUCAUUCUCAGCUCUUAUUAUCAAUGUUACCACUUUUAUUUACGAGCACAGGCAAGUUUUUCUGCUAAGUACUAGUACUAUUGAUCAUGAUGAAAUUGAAGUGUCAAUAUGGAGAAGAAUUUGUGUAGUGAUGAUGAGAAUAUUAUUCAAUCUAAAAGACUUUAUGAGUUCUAGUACUUUUAGAAAAAAUGUGAUCUCGGUAUGUGGUGGUGAAGAUAAAAGAGCACAAGAUCAUAUAGCGAAUGUAGUUGUAGCUGAUCAUGAUCAUGAUGAGGGCUUACCUGAGUGCUCUAACGUUACAAGCCCUUCAUCAAGUUGUUCAAACCAUGCAUAAGAGUUGAAAUAUUUAUCUUCACUCCUCAUGAACAAUAAGAAAUUAUUAAUGCAUGAAAUUUUUAAUUAUAGAUGAUCAAGAACUCCUUAGUAGCU